GCAAAGGCAAAAGGGAUAAAAAGAAAGUCAAAAUCUUGACCCUUGACUUUCAUGGGGUUGACAACAUAUAAAGUCAAAAUCUUGACCCAUGCAUGCAUAUUUUUCAUGCAUUCCAUUUCUUGAUUCAAUUUCAAAUGGAGAGGUUCAGCAAGGCCAUUGCAGCAGUGAAGGACCACACCAGCCUACGCCUCGCAGCACGAACUUCGUUAUCCGAACUCGAUGUCACAAUAUUGAAGGCCACAUCCCACAACGAACAACCCGCCGACGAAUCUCACAUUCAACAAAUCUUGAAUCUAACAGCCACCUCCCCUCUGCUUGUAUCUUCAUGUGUUAACACCAUCUCGCGACGUCUAAACAAAACCCGAAACUGGGUCGUGGCCCUGAAGACCCUCAUGCUGGUCCGACGGUUGCUUCAUGAAGGCAACCGAAGAUAUGCCCGGGAGAUGUUUACUGCCACACGACGUGGAACUCGUCUGUUAAACAUGUCGGAUUUUAGGGACGCACUUAAAUCCAACACAUGGGAUUAUGCGGCGUUUGUUAGAACAUAUUCAUUGUUUCUUGAUGAGGAACUUGAGUACAAAAUGCAGGGGAGGAGGGGAUCAUGUAGCUCAUUUGCGCUUGAGGAAAAGGAUGACGAAGAUGAUACAGAGCGCGAAGAUGUAGUUGUGCCUGUUCGCGAAAUGGAAAACGACCAAUUGUUUGCUCGAAAUAAUCACCUGAUGCAACUUCUUGAGCGAUUUCUUGCUUGUCGACCAGCAGGUGAAGCAAGGCAUAACAGGAUGGUGAUGGUGGCUUUAUACUCAAUUCUUGUACAAAGUUUCCAAAUUUAUAGUGACAUAAAAGAGGUGAUGGGUGUUUUCACCGAUCGAUUCGAUAACCUCAGUCUCCAAGAUUCCGUUAAGGUCUACGCUAUGGCCAAUCGUGUAGCAAAGCAGUAUGAUGUACUCGAUAUGUUCUAUGACUGGUGCAAAUCGGUUGGCAUUGCAAGAACAUCCGAGUAUCCGGAAAUCGAAAAGAUUUCACAAAAGAAAUUAGAAGCCAUGGAUGAGAUUAUCAAACAAAAAUCAGAUGGAUCAAAAAAAGAAAGUUGAAG